CAAGGUUUGUUACCUUCGCCGCCGCAAAUUUUUUUUCCGUACACGGUAGGCAGUAUCAUUGACCGUGGGCAGUAUCAUUUUAACCGUUGGCAGUAUCAUGCCGAAAUAGCCGAAAAAAUCAAAUCAAGAUGGUAGUUUAGCAGUGCAGAGCGGACGAACAUAGUGUUUACAUUUUGUCUUCUGAGUAACCUUAUAAUGAAUAUAAAGCGCAGAAGCUAUUCAAUAUCAGUUGACGAUUUUAAUAGUUAUGUUAACAUCUUUUGACAUAUUUCUAGCUUCUUGGUUCCAUACUCAAAACUCUCUCAUCUUGUUGUUUCUGAAGUUUUGUACAUAACAGACACAGUUUGUUUACAACUCAUUUUCUCACUGUUGCUGGUAUUGUUAUAUUCUUGCUGUGUGUUAUAUCGGAUUAUACAUAUCUUAAAAAUAUUCAUUCAUUUUUAUAGUUGCUAGCUAAUACUUGAAAAAUGUCUGCAACACUUAGAUCGUUUCGUUCCCGUUUUAUAAAUGUUGAAAACACUGAUGAACUGAAAGCUGUAGUAUCAGAUAUUCUUCCUUUUAAUGAAAACGAAUUCAAGAUUAGUAAUAUACAAGGAUCAGUCAAGAAAUUUAAAGCUGUUGUUGAGUGUACCAUAUCUUCUGAGGAAGAGUUUGUGAAAAGCUAUCAAUCCAACACAAAUGAAACGUUGAGAAAGCUAACACCAAGAUAUACUGGUGAGAAAAGCCUGUAUAAGCAAUUUACAUACUUCAGAUGUCAUCAUAACACACGGUAUCAAGCGACAAUGAACAGUAAAAUGAAGAUGAAAUGUAAUCCCAGUCAGAGAUUCAAAAACACUGAUUGUCCCUUCAGCUUGGUGCUGAAGUAUAAAAAAGAAGAAGGUGAUAACAAUUGUUUGCUAGAAAUGGAAUGGACUCAUAAUCACCCAGUAAAUUCUCUACAGUCAUUAUCCUUUAAGGAUAUCAAGCCAGAUGUUGUGGCUGAAAUUACUCAGCUAUAUGAAAGAGGCUUUACUCCUGGGUUAGCUUAUCGAGAGAUUUGGACCAAAACUAAAAAGUCGUAUGAAAGUGAAGUAGCUUUUCACAAGUUCAUCUCUGACCGAUCAGUGUUUCCCAGGCGCACAGAUUAUAAUUAUUUAUAUACAGAAUAUCAUCGAAAAAAAUAUGGAACACAAAACACAAGUACAAUGUUUGAAAAGUUGAAUACUUUGGUUGAGCAAGAAACUCUCAAAGAUUCGGAUAUUUCAAUAAAAGCUCAGAAAUUUGAUGCUGAACAGAAUGAUCCCUUUAUCCUGGUAAUCAUUACUCCACUUAUGAAAAGAGUACACGAGAAGAUCAGAAGUUCUGGAGAACUAGUAUUUCUUGAUUCAAGUGGUGGUAUGGAAGAAUACAAUCUCCGAGUAUUCCUCAUGGUAACACACUCUUUUGUUGGAGCACUGCCUCUUGGAAUCAUUGUCACUAGUGAUGAAACAACAGACACAAUAACAAGAGCAUUAGAAAUCUUUUCAGCAACACUGCCUGAUGUUGCCUUUUAUGAUAAAGGACCAUUGAAUGGACCCGGUGUCAUUAUGACCGACAACUGUGAUGAGUUGAAAGACGCUUUACAUGCUGUUUGGCCGAAGUCACGCUUAUUGUUAUGUAUUUUUCACCUAAUGCAGCAAGUAUGGAGGUGGCUUUUCGAUAAAAAACAUGGGAUAUCACAACAUGAUAGACCAGUUAUUAUGGCAAAAUUCAGAAAAGUAGUUUAUGCUGAACUUGAAACCGAGAUGGAAGAAGUGUACGAUGAACUUCUAGAUAGUUUUGGACCGAAGUAUGCCCAAUUGACGUCAUGUUUGGAAAACGUUUAUGAUAUGAGAGAAAGGUGGUGUUUGUGCUAUCGAAGAAAAAUGACCAUAAGAGGAAACAAUACAAAUAAUUUUGUGGAAGCUCAAUUUUUGGUGUUGAAAGAUAACAUUUUAAACAGAACAAAGGAGAUAAAUAUAAAUGGUUUGUUCGAGAAGCUUACAAAAGAUUUCAAUGAUCAUUACAAGUCUAAGCUUUUGAGUGUUGCUAAUGGAAGGUUCGAUGGCAUAUACAGUAGAAGAUUCAUGGGAAAGACUAAAGAAAAAGGAGAAGGUGUUGGAUAUAAGCUUCCACCAGAGCCUGUUCUGCGUGAAGUUGCAGAGAAUAUCAUAAGCAACGGCAGCAACAUCUACUUGGUUCCCAGUUUCACUGAUCCAAGUGUACAUUAUUGUGUUGACAUGGAACUCGGAUUGUGCGAGUGUGAUGUUGGUAGUGAUGGAUCUCCAUGCAAACAUCAAUACGUAACUUGGAGACAACAUUUGAAAAGCGCAAAUUUCAUUCCAUAUCUCAGUUCAGAAGAAAGGAAGCAAUGCUCGUAUAUUGCAAUAGGCCAAUCGCUUCCUGAUGUUUAUUAUGAAGGGUUGCGUGAUUAUUUGGAUGCUGGAACAAAUGUGACUGAAAGCUCUGGUCAAAGCGUUCACUCCGACAGCGAAAGUCACGAUACUAUUCAACAAGAUCCGAUGGAUGAAGGAUCCACUUCAAAUGUAACAGAUGAGCGUAGAAGUGUCGAAACAGUAAACUUUCAAGAAAUUCAAACUGAGUUCACGGAAGCUAGCGAAAAAAUAUUGAGGAUGAUCGAGUUAAACCGCAAUAACAAUGAUUUUUUACGAGGAGUGUCAAAGUUUUGUGACAGAAUUUCAAAGUACGAAACUCAGACUUCAAAACUCUGUUCUGCAUUCCACACAUUCGCAAGUGAUAUUCACUACAGUAAAAAAGUUACCAACCAAACUCAUUCUAAAAGUCGAACUGGCAAGAAAAUAAAAGUUCAACCAGAGGCUGUUAAAAGACGAAGCACAAUUUCCGGAAGCAAGGUUGCUAUUCAAAAAGGGAUGACGAAACGUAAGAACCCGUUCAACGUUGAACCAAGUUUGAAACGAGGUCAUUCGUUUACUAAAAAUGUUAGUAAUAACGAACCCGUUGCGAAAAAAGCCGGCCGAACAAUGGGUUCUAAAACAAAGUUUUUAACUCCGCAAGUAAAGAGACCAGCCAUUAAAAAGGACAGUAAACAGUAAACAAA